AACCGUUCACACAACCUGUUACGCCGUAACACCUCCAGCUGGGACGAGAUGCCUCACAUUUACUGUAAAAUGCGAAGAUUUGGUUUCUCCCUCCACCGCCACAUCUCUUCCCUCCCCUCCUCACUCACUGUCCCCUCAGUCAGCAGGACGAGCUGUCUCCACCAGAGGGUCUUCACUGGCUCCCACACCUGUUAUCUUAGCACUUUACUGGGUCACGGCUGCCAGCAGCACAGGAGGGGUGUGAGCACAGCCCUCAGCCAGCACAUACAGGAGCUGAGUGGGCCUGAGGAGAGACUGCUGGAUAAACUGUACGAGGGGCUGGUAGGAGGACAGCGUGCGUCUCUGGCUGAGUCAAUCACUCUGGUGGAGACGCAGCAUCCCAGGAAGAAAGAGCUGGCCCAGGUGCUGCUGCAGAGGGUGCUGGCCUACAGGAGGGAGCAGGAGAGUCGUAAUGGAGGCAAGCCGGUGGCCUUCAGAGUAGGUCUGUCCGGUCCUCCAGGAGCAGGGAAGUCAUCCUUUAUAGAGGUGGUGGGGAAGAUGUUAACAGGACGUGGACAUAAGGUUUCAGUGCUCGCUGUUGACCCGUCCUCCUGCACUACAGGAGGGUCUCUGAUGGGUGAUAAGACUCGUAUGACUGAACUCUCCAGGGACAUGAGCGCUUUUAUCAGGCCAUCUCCGGCCUCAGGAACACUUGGUGGAGUCACCAGAACGACUAAUGAGGCCAUUGUUCUCUGUGAGGGAGCAGGAUAUGACAUUGUCCUUGUAGAGACCGUAGGUGUGGGCCAAUCAGAGUUUGCAGUGGCUGACAUGGUUGACAUGUUUGUGCUGCUGAUUCCACCAGCAGGGGGCGAUGAACUCCAGGGCAUCAAGAGGGGCAUCAUCGAGAGGGCCGACUUGGUGGUUGUGACCAAGUCGGAUGGAGACCUGGUGGUGCCAGCCAGGAGGAUGCAGACUGAAUACACCAGCGCACUCAAGCUGCUCAGGAGACAGUCCAAGUCCUGGAACCCUAAGGUGGUGCGUGCCUCCUCACACACCAGUGAGGGCAUUCCAGAGGUCUGGGCCAAGAUGGAGUCGUACCGGGAUGCCAUGACAGCCAGCGGUGAACUGCAGGGCCGGCGGAGGGCCCAGCAGAAGGUUUGGAUGUGGAGUUUGAUCCAGGAGAACGUCCUCUGCCAUUUCCAGAAUCACCCCAGUGUCAGAGACGCUCUGCCCCACCUCGAGGAGAGGGUCACCAAAGGAGCCAUCUCCCCAGGCCUCGCUGCUGACCUGCUCCUCAAAGCCUUCUCGUCAUCAUCAUCAUCAUAGUAAUCAGUGGGACUGCAAUUCUGGGGCAGAAUGGAUGCUUCACGGCUGAUCAGGGCCACUCGGUGCCAAGGAAAGCCAGGACAGAGUGAGAACAUGUGACUCUGGGGUUUGCACAAAAAGAAGCAGUCUUGCUCUUUUUGCACUUGAUUUGAAAUUCAAAACACCUAAGAUAGAAGUCACCCCUCCACAGAAACUUCAGUUUCUGCAUGCUUUCAUUCAAAUCAGGAGAGGGAAGAGAGGCCGCCCCCUCUCACCUACAGCUUCAAGACACAUCCAUAUUUGGACAAUGGAUGAUAAAAAUGAAAUAUUUGAAUUGUAGUGAGAUAUGAAAUGUUGCACUGCCAAUGGAAUGGUUUUCUAAAGCAGAUACUGGGAUUGUCUUCUUGGAUAAAGACACUACAGACCCUCACGGUCACUCUUAACCCAUUGAAGCCUGGAAAGCGGAUAUGUUGUUUUGUAGUAUUUGUAUAAGCUCUCAAAUACUUUUUGAAUUUCAUUUCUAUCUGCUACAGAGGCUGAAAAAUCUAUUAUUUAGUAGAAGAGUUGACACUUCUGUUGAAUUUCCAGAAAAACUUCAGGUUUUAGGGGGUUAUUUUAAAAUCGCCCAGAGGUUUUACAGGCGUUUCAGGCCUCAAUGGGUUAAUGAGAUUAUUGUGAAACAUAGAGAGGACUGUAAAGUCAAUGGUACAUUUGGAGUUUGCACAAUACACAUCACUUUUACAAA